CUUGACGAUCUCACUGGCACACUGCAGUUCAAACUGUACAAGGAAACGAGGCGUGCAUUUUGAUCAGUUCGAAGGUGACCUAUAGCUGUGAGUCGUAGAUUCGGUAGAGCUGUGCGACGGCAUUAUCACCUGCGCUAUCUCACAACAAGAAGCGUUCAGUCCAUGGUGCAUCGGGCCCUUACCAUUUCGGAGCUCAUCCAGUUGAUAGUCAGUGAAGUUCCAACGGACGACGGCGAGAGUUGGUCGAGGUCCGACUUCCCAACACUCGUUGCAUUGGCGCUCACAUGCCGCGCUUUCCACGAACCCGCCCUGGACAUGAUAUGGUCUCGUCAGGACGGCUUGGGCAAUCUCGUCGAGUGUUUACCGGGAGACUUGUGGAAAAUCUCAGAUGAUUCUGGCAAGACUCUGACACUCAGGGAGCCUACAAGGUCCACCACACAACGCGACUGGGAACGCUUUGAGUUCUAUGCUCGGCGUGUCCGAAUAUUACAUUAUGGCCCGAAGAGAAUCCGAAGGAAGUCUCGCGUCCUCUCGGAGCAAAUCUUUUGCUGGCUUUUCUCAUCAAGACCAUCCCAUCAUUUGUUUCCCAAGCUAUCCUUCCUCGGGUGGUCGGAGAACAUGCCGUUCGAGCAUCACGAGUCUGUGCAUAUGUUAUUUGGCCCGCAGCUCUCCACAUUGCACAUGGGUGUAUGGUCGUCCGAUUUCGCCGCAUCACAGGCUGUUCCUCAAGUGCUGGUGCACCUUCCUUUUCGUUCGCCCGACAUACAUGAACUCACCAUCCACAUGUAUGCCAACGGCGGCCCUGAUGAUCAACGUCUUCCGUCCAAAGUCUUCGCGUCGUUAAUACGACUGAAGUCGCUCACAUUGCUGUCGACCCUACCUCUGGAGCCUGACGUCUUCACCGCGUUAUCAGCACUACCACAUCUCACGGAGGCGAAGAUCACUAUUCACUCUGGCGACGAAGACGCAUGCGGUCUACUUGGAACAGACCAUGCUGCUGCCCCGAGCUUUAUCUUCCGUGCUCUAGAGAGUUUGACCCUGACGUUCUCAUUGAUGAGCGACAUAAACACAAUCUUGUCGGCCUGUAGCCUUCCCCAACUGCGGCGACUAUCCCUGACGUCGCUCUAUGGCUCCGACUCUAGUAUGUUCGAUCGCACGCUUCAACUGAUCCGUGACCACUGCUCGCAUGCUAUGCUGGAGGUCAUCGAGCUACGCACCACCAUUGACCUAUUUCCGUCAAUGGAUUUCGAGGAGGUACCGGAACCUGACACCAUCACCGCGGCGUCCUUAGGUCAUCUCUUCGCCUUCCGCAGCAUCCGCGAACUCGAGCUUCUCACUGAGAUGUAUAUCGCCCUCGACGAUGAUGACCUAAAGGAGAUGGCCAUGUCGUGGCCCCGUCUGAAAUCCCUGCAGCUGGAAAGCGUAGCCGAGGAAGAGCCCGGGAUGUCUGUGACGCUGGAGGGCUUAGCGCAUCUCGCUAGGUACUGCCCGGCGAUGAACUGGCUCGCAAUCGACGUGGACACCACUGGGACCUUUGUCUCACCUGACGCGAGGCCUGGUGGCAGUUACUGUAACCAAGUCCUCCAAGCCGUUGACUUCCAGCGGUCGCACGCGUCGGAUUGCCCUGCAGAAAUUGGGGCCUUCUUAUACGCGAUUUUCCCCAAACUCCAGUGGAUCAACUCACACAGUGACGAUACUCCGGGCGAAGAUUCUUGGAAGCCAGUAGAGGACAUGCUUGAUGCACUGCGGAAGAUGUCUCAGUGGCCAAGGAACAUCGUGCUUACACCGUUGACAACUUGAGAUUUCAGGCUCUGGCACAGUCCUGUGGAAGCCUGAUACACACGUGGGAUCUUGAAAGCACUUGGGUAUUGGCCCGUGUAGUAAUAACCUUUCCUUCACUACAUAACGGUAUUGAAACGUUAGAACGUCGAGCUCCUCCAUCUUGUCCCUCAGUACCUUGUGUUGUCACGUGCAGAACUCCACUCACGGCAGUUUCCGCCCUCAUCUGGCGGUUGAACAAGACACUUGAAAUUUGGAAG